GAGGCUGCCGAUGGGCCCUCGCGGCCCAAGCGCGUAGUACACCGCAUUGGCCCGUUGACCGCACAGGCUGGCGAUUCCUUCGAGCUAUAUAGGGCGGUCCCGCUCGGCGUGCGCCCCCGUCCACACCACCCAUCGUCUCCGCUCCAGCGCCACUCGCAUCGAGAUCGAGACGACCCGCGUCCGCCGCUCCCGUGCACCGCCGCGACUCGCACCCCCGGAAGUAACUCUAUUCCUUGAUCAACAUGUCGCGGGAGGAGAAUGUCUACAUGGCCAAGCUGGCUGAGCAAGCAGAACGGUAUGAGGAAAUGGUUGAGUACAUGGAGAAGGUGGCUAAGACCGUUGAUGUGGAAGAGCUCACCGUUGAGGAGCGUAACCUCCUAUCUGUUGCCUACAAGAAUGUGAUUGGGGCCCGCCGUGCCUCAUGGCGGAUUGUCUCCUCCAUCGAGCAGAAGGAGGAGUCCCGCAAGAAUGAGGAACAUGUUGCUCAGAUUAAGGAGUACCGUGGCAAGAUUGAGGCUGAAUUGAGCAACAUUUGUGAUGGUAUCCUGAAGCUGCUUGACUCGCACCUUGUGCCUUCCUCCACUGCUGCAGAGUCGAAGGUGUUUUACCUCAAGAUGAAGGGUGAUUAUCACAGGUACCUUGCUGAGUUUAAGACUGGUGCUGAGAGGAAGGAAUCUGCAGAGAGCACAAUGGUAGCUUAUAAGGCAGCCCAGGAUAUUGCAUUGGCUGAACUGGCACCUACUCAUCCCAUAAGGCUUGGACUUGCACUUAACUUCUCGGUGUUCUAUUAUGAGAUUCUGAACUCUCCGGACAAAGCUUGCAACCUUGCAAAGCAGGCAUUUGAUGAGGCUAUUUCUGAGUUGGACACGCUUGGUGAGGAAUCUUACAAAGAUAGCACCUUGAUUAUGCAGCUCCUAAGGGACAACUUGACCCUCUGGACCUCUGACAUCACGGAGGAGGGCACUGAGGAGGGCAAAGAAGCCUCGAAGGGUGAUGCUGAGUAGCCUGGUAAACCUUGAUGGAUGGUUCGGCAUGUUUUUCUAGCCCAUCUUGUUGGACGCCCUGUGCUGAUUGAAGGUGUUUGCUGCUCCAUGCAUUCCAAGAUUCUGUCUUCUCGUUCCCUCCCUGCUGUAGCUGGUGGUAGUAGUCAAAUUAGCCCCAUUGCUUUAGUUGGCUCUGGGUCCAUUUGGACUGAUGUAUUGUUACUGCUGUUGAAGUCAUUCGUUCUCGUUUUGCUCUUGCAGUAGAUUGCUGUUGGGUUGUGCUUU